GUAGCGCACAAACCGUAUAUAUCUGAUUCACAGUUUUCAACUGGCAGUAGAGGCCGUAUUUAACAUGAAGGAUUCGAUAUCGCAGCUUGAGGAUGAUCGUGGUCGUAAGCCUGCGUCUAACAACGAUGCAGUUGUUAUCCACAACUUUUCUGCGUCCUUACCUUUAUAUCGGCGUAAGUAUGACUGGAAGGUUCCCAAGUGGGAACCAGACCAGAUAAGAGAGUUGCAUAAAAGUGUACGCCAUGAGAUAAUUCGAGCUAUUUGCGGUGGUCCCGAUGGCCUUGAAGCGCACUUGAGUAUAGAGGAUCUACGUCAAUCUGUUGAGUUAUUGCAGUUACCUUCCUCUAGGUUACUAUACGAGUUAUAUAUUACAUACGGCAAUUUGCACAUAUCAGGGAUCAUUCUGAAAUGCAAGGAUGACUUAUCUGGUACUAUUGAGCUACUGAAGAACAACCCGGAAGGUUUCCGUGAAUUUGUUAUGGGAGAUCCCGUGGAACCCUGUAGUGAACCUGAGUCCAGUACACCACCUCCUGUAUGCUCAGAUAUAUCAUCAUUAUGGUCACGUGUCGCUGACGCGGUUAACGCUGGUAAGACCAGCAGCAGAUCCAGGCUAUCCACUGAGUGCUGUUCCAUUUUCUUGAAUUCCACGGAAGAUGGCAAACUACUGGACACGGUAACCGCUAAAGAUGUUGAGCGUCUUCAGCGGUACAUCGAUAGUGACCCUACCGACACAGAUUCCUUUGUUAGUGGUGCUGAAAAGGCUCAGGAACUUGGUAUUACAUUAUACCAGUACCUCAAGGCUGCUUCUAUGAACAGCAGAUCAGUUAAUCGACGAUGGACUUCUGGCGACGACGAAAAACUCCGUCGUGCAGUUCGCAAGGAGGUUAACUACAGGGUCACUGGUACCAAGCGCUCUGAAUCAAUUAAUUGGCGUAAUGUAUCUCGUUUUAUGGGUAACCGUACGAAUGAGCAAUGUCGACUGCGUUGGCGUUUUAUCUGCAAGGGUCAUCAAUCUGGUGACAAUUUUACGUUAUCUGAGUUAUACGCCUUGCAGCUGUUAUACAGUGCUUAUGGUGACAACUGGCAGAAGAUAGCUAGGUUGAUUCCUGGUAAGCAGCCUCAUCAAUGUCGGAAUAAGUAUUUAUCAUCUAUAUCUAUACCUGACCAAAGUGAGUAUUUGACUUAUUACAAGGAUUUGAAGAACACGAUUACAAAUAGGAACGCUUCUGUGAACGUCCGUCGUUGGUGGUCCAAGGUUGACUGGUUGGGCAUGAAGUUGCUGAAAAUAGCGAACAUUACCAAGAACAAGGCCAUUAUGGAUGUACUCUGUGAUUUCUAUGCUAGCGAUAUUAUUGCGACUCGAAUAGGUCGUUUAUUUGGUGACUGUAGCUUGGUGCGCAGUCAGGACCUUAACAGCUUAGAUGUUUUGAGGGUUUCCGAGUACUUGAAGCGUUAUACAUCCACUAUGGUCACGAAAAUCGUAAACAGCACGUUUCCCACUUUACUCCGGAAAUCUAAGGCGGAUGACGCCGGCGAGUUUCGCGAUAUAUUUGACAUUGGUCCUGUAGACGAUUCUUUGUUCGUUGAAUGCCUGUAUCGUUUACUCCAAAACGCGUGGCCAUGAAGUUU